GUACUUUCCCAAAACAUGCAGAUGUCUCGGAUGUCUUGCAUCAUUUAUUUUGCAAGUCAAAUCUUAUCGCUUCAAAUUCGUAUAAAUAAUCAAUGAAUCGAUGUCAAGAUCAUCAGUUUCAAUCACACUUUACACUUGAAAACAUGACAAAAUUCACUUUACUUGUCGUUGCUGUUUUGGCAUUAAUUGUCUUGACAGUCGAUGCAGAUCAACAUCGAGGACAUGGAAGUUUAAGUCAAGGACAUGGAUCUUCCCAUGGAAGCCAUCAAGGUCAUCAAGGCUCUCAUGGUAGCCAUGGAUCGCAUGGAGGUUCAGGACAUCAAGGAUCGCAUGGAAGUCAAGGUCAUCAGGGGUCACAUGGAAAUCACAGACAAAAUAAUCAUGAGUCUCAUGGAAAUCGUGGGUCUCAUGGAGAUCGUGAUAGUCAUAGACAUCAUUAAACUUGAAAAAAUUUUAUGAGGUCUUAGAAUAAAAAUUUUAUCUAAAUUUAAAUUUUGCUUCUUUACCUUCUCAAACUGGGCGACCGAGAGACAUUUUAUUACUAUGACGCAAUUAUUGUUGAAAGUCAAAUUUUAUAGCUUUGUAUUAGUAUAAAUAUUCAGUGAGUUGCUUCUUCAAUCAACAGUUGAAGUUUUGUUCUACUGGUUCAACUACUUAGAUAAUCAUGACAAAAUUCGCUUUCAUUGUGUUUGCUGUUUUGGCAUUGAUUGUACUGACAGUUAAUGCUGAUCCAUAUUAUGGAGGUUACGAUGGGUUGAGAGGUCAACCAGGAUACGGACCUCAUGGAGGAAACGGAGGGCAUGGAGGCAAUGGUUAUGGUCAGGGAGGUUAUAGACCCCAAGGAGGUUAUGGACCUCAAGGAGGUUAUGGACCCCAAGGAGGUUAUGGACCCCAAGGCGGAUCUCAAGGAGGUUAUAGACCCCAAGGAGGUCACGGAGGAGGAUCUCAAGGAGGUUACAGACCUCAAGGCGGAUCUCAAGGAGGUUAUGGACCCCAAGGAGGUCAUGGAGGAGGAUCUCAAGGAGGUUAUAGACCCCAAGGAGGUCAUGGAGGAGGAUCUCAAGGAGGCUAUGGACCACAAGGAGGAUCUCAAGGAGGUUAUAGACCCCAAGGAGGUCAUGGAGGAGGAUCUCAAGGAGGUUAUAGACCUCAGGGAGGCUACGGUACUGGAGGAAAUGGCGGAAAUGGAGGCAACGGAGGAAAUGGAGGCAAUGGGGGAAAUGGCGGGCAUGGAGGAAACGGCGGAAAUGGAGGCUUCGGACGUUAAUCUCUAAUAAAAACACACAAAAAAUCUACUUUCUACCAAAGUUAAAUGGAAAUAUCAGAAUUGAGUAAAAAAACAAGUCAAAUAAAAAAGCAACAGCAAUAAACACGCCGGAUUUUGAUACCACAUGAGUCCUAAUUCACAGUUUUUUAUCCAUUUUGUGAAAGAAAUCUAACAAAAAACGUUAUCAAAGACAUAAAAAGAGAGAAAAA